AACCCUGCGUGAUGUUAAUAUCCCAUCAUUCACUGCGAUGUGACGUCAUUGGCAUAGUAACAUUACCGCUUGGAGGAAGCGCUAGAUCGUGAAAAAAAUGGGUCUUCUUGCCCUUCUGCGUAAGCUGAAGAGCAAUCCUGAGAAGGAGCUGAAAAUUCUUCUCCUCGGACUUGACAAUGCCGGCAAGACAACUCUACUAAAGCACUUAGCAUCAGAAGAUAUCUCCCAUAUCACCCCCACACAGGGCUUCAACAUCAAGAGUGUGCAAUCAUCAGGCUUCAGGCUCAAUGUGUGGGACAUUGGAGGUCAGAGAAAGAUCAGACCAUACUGGAAGAACUAUUUUGAGAACAUUGAUAUCCUGAUCUAUGUGAUAGACAGUGCAGAUCGCAAGCGGUUUGAGGAAACAGGAGAGGAACUGGCAGAGUUGUUAGAAGAAGACAAGUUGGCGGGUGUGCCCAUGCUCAUUUUCGCCAACAAGCAGGACCUGUUCAAUGCUGCGGCAGCCUCCGAGAUUUCCGAAGGCCUGGGACUGGGCUCGAUACGGCGUACGUGGCAGAUCCAGGCAUGUUCUGCCAUGUCUGGUGAGGGCGUGGAGGAGGGCAUGAAAUGGGUCAUACAGACGGUCAGCAAGAAGUGACAUGGCGGCUGUAUCAGCCCCUAACACAUCCUCACCUAAUGCAGGGAUCUCAAUCGACUGUAUGGCCUGUACAUGUACAUAUAAGUACCUAAUCCACAAGACUUCUGAAAGAAACUGUCUUCUCACAAUUUUUAUCCCUUGAAAAUGUACAGCUGAGUUAGGAAAUGGCAAGGCAUGGCCACAAUUUUUGGCUACUUAAUAUGUUCCAUUAUUAUAAAACAGCACACAUUCCAUGCUAUGUGGUCCUAUAACAAAUGUAUUUUGGUGAGUUGAUUUCUAGUACUUAAAUGUAAGGUUAGGAGGAGGCUUUAGUUGUGUUUGCAUUCCAUAUAUAGAUGGGAGAGGUAAGUUAAAAUUGUUUAGAAAAUGUAUUAGGGUAUGCCAGAAAAUACAAAAGAAGAAGAUAAGGAUUCAGAGAAGUAGUUAUGUUUUAAAGUACUGUAUUGCAGUUUGUAAGAACAAUGUUUUUGUGUCCUUCUCAUGACUGUAAUCUUUAUACAUGCCGUAUGAAGUAAUGUUCUGUGAAAGCUAAAGAGUGUUUGGAAUCACAUGGUCCCUUAUCUUAUAUAAGUUGGCAAAAUGUUAAGAUUGGCAGCUUGUAAUUAAAAAAAAACAAACAAUUUUCCUUAAUUUGAUAGAUGUGCUAUGCUUAUUAGAACAAAUGGCAUUUUGGGUGUGAAAUUUGGUCAGGUCACAAGACAACAUGUACUUGGUCACAUUUAGUCCUCUUUUCUCACUAAAGACCUUUUUUUGGAUACAGAGUAAAAUGUAGAAAUAAAGUGAUGUACAUCAUAGAUUAUCUGAGCAUGGGCAUUUUACAUUUCUUUUACACCCACCCCAUCCACUCCCUAAACAAAAUUCCUCAUACAUGUAUUUUACAUGUAUACUAGAACGUUGAUGGUUGGAAACAUUGAUUGUAAUUGGGAGCCUUUCAAAUUACCUUGAAGCAUUAUACUAGUAGAUAAUGGUUGGACUACAAAUUCUCCAGAUUUAACUGUAAAACUUUUCAAACAGGGCAGUAAGCAUGGCAAGCCACAGUACUUGAAUGUUCAGUUCAGAGAUUGUUCAGUACCAACUGCAGUGAUUUUGAAUGUGUACAAGAAAUGCAAUGUGAGUGACUAUGCAUCUAUACACUGUAUUGGUUCUGGCACCAUCCACAUACAAUUUAUAUAUUCCAUGCACUGUAUUGAAAUGUGAACUUCAAGGUGGUGGGUGGUGUGGUGGAUAUUGUAUUGUGCAGUUGGAAAGAGAAAUUUCCUUCUGAAGACACAGUGCCUUGCCAUAUAGCUGGAUUACUGGACUUGUGGUAUGUAAUUGUGGCCACCAAUAGCAACAGAAGAGGUGAAAAUAGUUAAAAUGGCCCAUUUGACCAACAGCUGAUGUUACUUGUACUUUAAGUGACAGCCACCAGACCUAGAUGGCUUUAUGCCCAGUACAGGUACAUGAAACUAUUUCAGACUUUCAAAGAGUUGGGUAUUAGACACUAAUACUGUCAAGCUCCAAAUAAAAAUGUCUCUCGUGUGUUCUAGUGAAAAAAACUGAUGUAACAGUUGUAAAGUUUUAAAGCAGAAAUGGAACAUAUGUCAUCAAAUGAUUUUGUGAUAGAUUUGUCCCUUUUUGUUGGUUUAAUAUGAUUUGUGAGAGACAUCAUUCCUUUUUGUGAAAUAGGUUUUGCCAGUUUGCAUAAAUGAAAUAAAGAUACAACAAGCGUGGG